CUGGCUUUUGUGCGAGUAGGCAUACGUGUGCAGCACUGACCGAGGAAGAAACAAUGCGAUAGUGAGACAGUGUGUGGGACCACAGGGAGACACCGGCAAGACCAACUGUAGGGAGAGGCAGUAAAUAUCACAGGACACAAGGAAUUUGCAUAGAAGUGGACACACAGUCUUGAGGGUCGCAGAAGAAGUACACGCGCAAGGAAAGAAUGGAAGACAGCCCGACAGGUUUAGUUCCAGUGUGUAACACUACGGCUGUGCUGAACCACCACUGCACCGAUGACAGUAUCUCUGCAACGAGCACGUCAGAUGUGCAGGACCGCCUGUCGUCUCUGGAGCUACGGGUGCAGCAGCAGGAAGAUGAGCUGAUGGUGAUGAAGGCCGCACUGGCAGACGUGCUCCGACGUCUCGCUCUGUCUGAAGACUCUGCGGCAACUGCCAAGAAACAGCAGAGCAGCAAAGGUCAGACCCCACUGCGUGAGGCUUAUUCUAUGUCCUGUAUCGCCAAUGGGAGUUCCAGCACCCGUAAAUCUCACAGAGAUGUCUCCACGGUUUCUGUAGCCAAGAAAGAGACACUGUCCUCUGCAGCCAAGAGUGAUGUUGAGCGGAAAAAAGACAAGCCUCAGAUGGAGAGGAUCAAGGAGAAAGAAGAGCCGCCACUGGCUAAUGAUAAACCCCCCUCAACACCCAGCACCCCUCAGGCUCCGUCCCCUUCCAGCAACCCCCCCUCCCCUCACCCCCCACCACCCCAAAGGCAGACCUCAGAGAACAAGGGGUCAGCCUCAGCCAAAAGCAGGGGUAGCAGUGCAAAGCGAGGGGGAGGAAUGGAACGUUCUCAGAGCAGCACAUGGGACAGUGCGGAUGAGAACAGGAAUAAGUUGGUAAAAGCAGCCUCCACUUCCAAACUGCUUGCCAAAGUGGCGAAGAAUGCAGAGAAACACAGAGAUCCAGUCAUAAGCCAAGCUAAAAUGUCAACCCGUGAAAAAAACAGUCAAGAGGGAGACUAUAUCAAAAUGUUCAUGCGAGGACGACCCAUCACAAUGUUCAUUCCAUCAGAUGUGGAGAAUUACGAUGAUGUCCGAACCGAACUUCCACCAGAGAGACUCAAGCUGGAGUGGGUAUAUGGUUACAGGGGACGUGACUGCCGUGCAAAUGUGUACUUGCUCCCUACUGGGGAGAUUGUAUAUUUCAUCGCCUCUGUGGUCGUGCUCUUUAACUAUGAGGAGCGGACACAGCGCCACUACUUGGGACACACUGACUGUGUCAAAUGUCUUGCUGUUCACCCAGAUAAAAUCCGCAUUGCCACAGGACAGAUUGCAGGAGUGGAUAAGGAUGGCAGGCCGCUUCAGCCUCAUGUGAGAGUGUGGGACUCCAUCAGUUUGUCCACUCUGCAGAUCAUCGGUCUCGGUACCUUUGAGAGAGGAGUAGGAUCCCUCGCUUUCUCUAAAGCCGAUUCAGGCACUCACCUCAGUGUAAUUGAUGACUCUAACGAGCACAUGCUCACUGUGUGGGACUGGCAGAAGAAAUCAAAAAUCGCUGAGAUUAAGACCACUAACGAAGUGGUGUUAGCAGUGGAGUUUUACCCCACUGAUGCCAACACCAUUGUCACUUGUGGAAAGUCCCACAUCUUCUUCUGGACCUGGAGCGGAUCCUCACUGACCCGUAAACAAGGCAUCUUUGGUAAAUAUGAGAAGCCCAAGUUUGUGCAGUGUUUGGCCUUCCUCAAUAAUGGAGAUAUCCUGACCGGGGACUCAGGAGGAAUCCUGCUGAUAUGGACCCGUAGCACAGCUGAACCAGCACCAGGAAAAGGACCGAAAGGAGCAUUUCAGAUCAGCCGUCAGAUUAAAGCUCAUGAUGGCAGUGUCUUCACAUUGUGUCAGAUGAGGAACGGCACUCUGCUCACAGGGGGCGGCAAAGACCACAAGAUUAUUCUGUGGGACCACAACCUGAAUCCGGAGAGAGACAUAGAGGUCCCAGAUCAGUAUGGAACAAUUCGUGCGGUAGCCGAGGGCAAGGGAGAGCAGUUUCUGGUGGGAACAUCUCGCAACUUCAUUCUGCGUGGGACCUUCAAUGAAGGGUUUCAGGUAGAGGUGCAGGGACACACAGAUGAACUUUGGGGUUUGGCUGCCCACCCCUUCAAAGACCUUUUCCUCACCUGUGCCCAGGACAGGCAGGUGUGUCUGUGGAGCUCAGUGGACCACAUGCUGGAAUGGACCAGACUGCUGGACGAGCACGGGCACUGCGCAGACUUCCAUCCCAGUGGAUCUGUUGUUGCCAUUGGUACUCACUCAGGGAAGUGGUAUGCUCUAGAUGCAGAGACGAGAGACCUGGUGGCCAUCCACACAGACGGCAAUGAGCAGCUGUCAGUCAUGCGCUACUCUGUCGAUGGCACUCUGCUGGCAGUGGGAUCACAUGAUAACUUCAUUUACCUCUACACAGUGUCGGAUAAGGGACGCAAGUACAGCAGAUAUGGGAAAUGCACUGGACAUUCCAGCUACAUUACACAUCUUGACUGGUCCCCCGACAACAAGUUCAUCAUGUCCAACUCGGGAGACUACGAAAUCCUUUACUGGGACAUUCCAAACGGUUGUAAGUUGAUUCGUAACCGUUCUGAGUGCAAGGACAUCGACUGGGCCACGUAUACCUGUGUGCUCGGAUUCCACGUCUUUGGUGUUUGGCCAGAGGGCUCUGAUGGGACAGACAUCAAUGCUCUGGUGCGAUCUCACAACAGGAAGGUGAUCGCUCUGGCUGAUGACUUCUGUAAAGUGCAUCUCUUCCAGUACCCCUGCUCGAGACCGAAGGCCCCAAGUCACAAGUACAGUGCUCACAGCAGUCACGUGACAAAUGUAAGCUUCAUGCAUAGUGAUUGUCACCUGAUUUCAACGGGCGGGAAGGACAUGAGCGUUAUGCAGUGGCGUCUAGUGGAGAAGACCUCUGCUCUGGUGCCCAGUGACUCCAGCUUAGGCCUGAGUGAAUCACUGCUGCACAACUCUACACCUCGCAACCUGGCAUUGAUACCCAGUGUCCCCCUGAUCCCUACUGAGCCCGUGCAGGUGCCAGUCUCUCUACCCAUCAGCAUCCAAUCCAACACCAACACACCCCCUCCCACGCCCACCAAAUCCUUGGACACACCCACUCCUAAUGGACAGCAGGAUGGCUUGCCUGAAACCCCGCCCCCUUCGGAUGAGACCACGCCCACUUCUGACAGCACCCUGAGCCCCAAGGACAGCCUAGAUCCUAGCGACGACACAGCCACGCCUAGUGACGAGGGCACACCUUUUAAUCCACCCUUGUAAGAGGGAGGCUCCGCCCUCUUUUCUUGACUGCUCGAUUCCCUGUCCAAAGGCAACAGCAUGUCACUGAAGUCUUUCUGUUGGAGUACAAAAGCAGGAUCUACACUUUUUUUUAUCAUCCUUUCAAUGUUUUCAUUGUGUUUUGUGUCUUAGUUUGUUAUGUUGACGUUUUGUUCAUUACAUGUGGUCGUAGAGGCAGUGGUUUUGAUUGGAUGCUGAGAGGGAUUUGUAAUGUGUAGUUAAAGGGAUAGUUCACCCAACAAUUAAAAUGAACACCCCCUCAUGUUGCUCCAAACCCAAAAAAGGAGACAUUUUCAGUCAUUUUCGAUUAUCUGUGAACAUUGUUUAAAAUAUUUUGUAAUACAGAAGAAAGAGUCAUACGAUGAUGACAGAAUUGUUAUCUUGGGGGUGAAUUGUCCCUUUUAAAGCUUUUGGAAAGAUGCACACUGACACUCAAGCGUACCAAAACGUUUACCUAGUCGUACACACACAACCAUACAAACACUAACACACAUGCACACAUACAUCCGUAACUGUUUUUUGAAUGAAAUGAAAUAUGAGACCUUUCAAAAGCCUGGAUUCAAUAUAUUUUAUGAUUUAACCAUAUUAGAAGCAUACCAGAGCAUACAUACAUACAUUCAUGCAUUUUUGGCUUGUUGCAUAAAUUGGGUAAAUUUUUACUCUUUUGAAUAAAUGAUACAAUUUCU